CAGCUUCAGCACCGCGCGCCGAGGACAGCUCCCCGCGCCGCCGCGCCGCCAGGGGCCGCCGGGAACUCGCGCUCGCGGGCCGGGAGCACGCGAGACCCCCGCCGAGCGCGCCUUCCCCGCGGCUGUGGCGGGCGGGUCCGCGCGGGAGCGUCCGGCGGCCUCCGGAGCCUGCGGCCCCCGAGCAGCAUGUACCAGGGACACAUGCAGAAAAGUAAAGAACAAGGAUAUGGAAAACUAAGCAGUGAUGAAGACCUCGAAAUAAUUGUUGAUCAGAAGCAGGUAGUAGGUGUAACCUUGAAGAAAAAGUGGCACUGUCUUCAAAAAAGUGACCUGACCCUGGCUUUGGGAAAAGGCUCUAGGGCGGCCGAUAAGGCUGUUGCCAUGGUGAUGAAGGAGAUACCGAGGGAGGAGUCUGCAGAAGAAAAGCCCCUCCUUACUAUGACAUCACAGCUGGUGAAUGAGCAGCAAGAAAGCAGACCCCUCCUGAGUCCCUCCAUCGAUGACUUUCUCUGUGAAACCAAAUCGGAAGCAAUAGCAAGGCCAGUAACAUCCAACACAGCUGUAUUGACCACUGGCUUAGAUCUCCUCGACCUGAGUGAACCAGUCUCUCAGACCCAAACCAAAGCCAAGAAGUCAGAGCCCUCAUCAAAAACCUCAUCCCUCAAGAAAAAGGCCGACGUAUCUGACCUCAUCGGCACAGAUGCUGAGCAGAGAGGCCAACCUCUCAGAGCCCCAGAGACUUCAUCCUUAGAUCUAGACAUUCAAACACAGCUGGAAAAGUGGGAUGAUGUGAAGUUUCACGGAGAUCGAAACAGCAAGGGACAUCCAAUGGCAGAGAGAAAAUCAUGCUCAUCCAGAACUGGAUCAAAAGAGCUCUUAUGGUCCUCAGAGCACAGAUCUCAACCAGAACUGAGUGGCGGGAAAAGCGCUCUCAACUCUGAGUCGACCUCAGACUUGGAAUUAGUGGCUCCAACUCAGGCUCGGCUCACCAAAGAGCACCGCUGGGGAAGCGCGCUACUCUCGAGAAACCACUCCCUAGAAGAAGAGUUUGAAAGGGCGAAAGCGGCGGUGGAGUCAGAUACCGAGUUUUGGGAUAAGAUGCAAGCGGAAUGGGAAGAAAUGGCUCGGAGGAACUGGAUAUCUGAGAACCAGGAAGCUCAGAACCAAGUAACCAUCUCGGCUAGUGAGAAGGGAUAUUACUUUCACACUGAAAACCCCUUCAAGGACUGGCCUGGAGCAUUUGAAGAAGGUUUAAAAAGGCUGAAGGAAGGGGACCUGCCGGUCACCAUCCUGUUUAUGGAAGCAGCAAUUCUUCAGGACCCUGGCGAUGCAGAGGCGUGGCAGUUCCUCGGGAUAACCCAGGCAGAGAAUGAAAACGAGCAAGCAGCUAUUGUCGCCCUCCAGAGGUGCUUAGAAUUACAGCCCAACAACUUAAAAGCACUGAUGGCACUGGCCGUGAGUCAUACCAACACUGGCCAUCAGCAGGAUGCCUGUGAAGCUUUGAAGAAUUGGAUUAAGCAAAAUCCCAAGUACAAGUACCUUGUGAAGAGCAAGAAGGGAUCCCCAGGCCUCACCCGCAGGAUGUCUAAGUCCCCAGUUGAUAGCUCUGUUCUGGAAGGAGUGAAGGAAUUAUAUCUGGAAGCUGCCCAUCAAAAUGGAGAUAUGAUCGACCCAGACCUACAGACAGGGCUCGGGGUCCUGUUCCACCUGAGUGGAGAAUUUAAUAGAGCAAUAGAUGCAUUUAACGCUGCCUUAACUGUCCGGCCGGAGGACUAUUCACUAUGGAACCGUCUCGGGGCGACCUUGGCCAACGGAGACCGCAGCGAGGAAGCCGUGGAGGCCUACACCCGCGCGCUGGAGAUCCAGCCGGGCUUCAUCCGGUCCAGAUACAACCUGGGGAUCAGCUGCAUCAACCUGGGCGCCUACAGAGAAGCGGUCAGCAAUUUUCUCACUGCCCUCAGUUUGCAAAGAAAGAGCAGGAAUCAACAGCAAGUCCCUCAUCCUGCGAUCUCUGGGAACAUCUGGGCUGCCCUCAGAAUUGCACUGUCUCUGAUGGACCAACCGGAACUCUUCCAGGCGGCGAGUCUUGGUGACCUGGAUGUCCUCUUAAGAGCUUUCAACUUGGAUCCUUGAAGAAGGAGUAACACCCGUACUAAUCAUCUCUGAUCUGCGUAAUUGUACUGAAAAAUGAAAAGCUUUUAUUAUGAAUUUCAAAAGGAUAAAUCAAAUAUUCGAAAGCCCAUGGUCAUAUAGCCCAAGGAAAUUAAUUCCUACAGACAAUGCCCAGUCUCUGUUCAGAGCCAAAAGCACAAAAUGCUGUCUAGAGCGUCAAGGUCAGGCUCCAAAGAAGACUUGAGAGACUCAAGACAAACCGAGAUGAAGAAGCCAUGUAUGGACUACUCUGCACAAGCCGCAAGCAUACUGCGACGUGUGUUCUUUGGGUUUCUGUCUCCACUUGCAGCUGAUGCCACAUCUGAGUUGUUCAUGGAAACCUGGAGAGAGCACUGCUUCAGACUGGGAAAGCCUGGCUGCUUCUGAACUGUUUCCUUUUGCAAGACUGAGCUGGGGCCACUGGUGCAUGCACAUAGAUUAACUCGUGACUAAAGACAGGCAUUGCUUAAACCUGUUCCAAUUUUAACUUUUACUGUAGCCCUUGAUUCCAGAGAGGGAGCUUUGCUGGCAGAAGCGGUUUUUGCACUAGAAAUUUUUGCUGUUCCCAAUCUAAACUUUUCUGGGAUUGUACAUACGCACUUUAAUAUCUUAUCUAUGCCUUGCUGGAGUUCUGUUUCGUUGCUCCAAUUUUUAACUUGGGGGUGGAAGAUUUGAGAACUUAGCCUCAUUAGAUCAACGGACCAAAUAAACAAUUCCUGAAAAUAGUUUUUCAUAGUGUA